GAUCAAAGAUGUGAAAAGCGCUCAAAUAUUUGUUCUCAUAGUUUUCUAUGCGUGGGAGAUGGCUUGAUAAUAAUAUAUGUGGAAAGAGGGUGUGUCCGCGAUGAAUCAGGGUUGUGGUGCAACUGGGAGGGUGAUGAGUGUCAUCCAUGAGUAAAAAAAGAAAAGAGAAAAAACUUUACCACCACCACUCAGCAAGGUACCGUCAGUCUUGGAGCUGUUUGAGUGUCUGAGCAGCAGGUUUGCAUCCAAAUUACCUCCGUUUCACGAGCAGAUCUCACAACUAUUGUGCCAUGACGGAGUCGGCUGAAGCUGUAGCUGCGGAUGUGUCCAGCAGGAGAAGCAACACCAUUGAGAUCGUAAAUCUCACCAACAAUUACUGCCUCAUCAAUCCCAAAGUGUACCUUGAGAAUGGGGAGACGUACAACCCACCUCAACCAACAGUGCGCCCCCUGAAGACAGAGGUUUGCACUUUCACCAAAUCCAGCGGGAAAUCGACCGGAAGUGUCGGCGUACUCACGUACGACCUUUUCGAGAGGUCCAAGAACGACUUCAUCGAGACUCUGGCCAUCAUGUUCUCCGUCCCCUGGGACUACCACCUGUACAAGAACUGGUUUGCAGUGGGCAUCUAUAAAAAAGGCCGUAACUGUGACAAAGAUCUGUACAAAGAAAUGUACUAUGAGAAGAAUGAGAAAGCGCAUGGCUUCGUCAGGGCUGAGUCCACGGGGUCAGGAAUCAAUUACGUGGGCGACCACCUCGAUAUCAAAGCCACCAUGUCUCCCAUGGGCAAGGCCAUCGUAAAGGUGGAGGUGUGGGACAAGCUUUUCACAGCCAUGGGCCAGCAGGCUUAUUAGGGAGCGCUCAUGACGAGUGUUUCUGAAUUAUUCCCUCCACCUCAUACUUUCUAAGAAUGCAUGUGUGAUUUCACAGAUGUUUUGUUGCAGCCAUAUUUCUGUCUGCCUGGGUAUUACCCUUCAGUAAAUCUGCUUAAGAUCAGAGUUUCAUUUGUUUUUAAUCCUGGUAGAAAUACCCUCUCUGUGAAGCCAAAGCCUCUCUGUUUUUUCAAAAGCGUUCAGUUUUUACGUGCCAUCUUUAGAAAUGGAAAUCAAAUGAUGUGUCACCAAAGGAUGAGUUCACAUGGUUUAAGGAAAUAAACAGAACGCUUGUGUGAUGUUACCUUGACACAGCAGUCCGAGGAAUGAAAUAAACCUUGUUGUUGAAACAA